UUUCCUAUUCUCUCACAAUUCCCUCAGCUUCUCAUCUUGUACGUGCUGUAUUUUCUUGGCUUUCUGCAACUUUGAGUUGUUCCAAAAUGGCUGACCAAAUUCCAUUCGGUGUUGUGGAGCACAUUUUGACCAACUUGGGGUCCAAGGCGUUUCAAGAAAUUGGAUCCAUGUAUGGUGUUCCAAAGGAGAUGACCAAGCUCAAUGGGAAACUGGGCACCAUCAAGGCUGUGCUUUUGGAUGCUGAGGAGAAGCAGCAGCAGCAGAGCAAUCGUGCAGUCAAAGAUUGGGUCCGGAGGUUCAGAGGUGUUGUUUAUGACGCAGAUGACUUGCUGGAUGACUAUGCAACCCAUUAUCUUCAGCGAGGAGGAUUGGCAAGGCAGGUCAGUGACUUCUUCUCAUCUGAAAAUCAAGUUGCUUUUCGUUUUAAGAUGAGUCAUAGACUCAAGGAUAUCAAAGAAAGGAUAGAUGAUAUUGCAAAAGAAAUCCCCAUGUUAAAUCUGACUCCACGGGACAUAGUACUACACACACGGGUGGAGAAUAGUGGGAGAGACACCCAUUCAUUCGUGUUAAAAUCUGAAAUGGUAGGAAGAGAAGAAAACAAAGAGGAGAUAAUAGGGAAGUUGUUGUCGUCCAACGGUGAAGAAAAGCUUUCGGUUGUUGCCAUUGUAGGCAUUGGGGGGUUGGGUAAGACCACCCUUGCUCAAUUGGUAUACAAUGAUGAAAGAGUGGUCAAUCAUUUUGAGUUUAAGAUAUGGGCUUGCAUUUCUGAUGAUUCUGGUGAUGGUUUUGAUGUUAAUAUGUGGAUCAAAAAAAUUUUAAAAUCUCUGAAUGAUGGGGGUGCUGAAAGUCUGGAGACUAUGAAAACUAAGCUUCAUGAAAAAAUAAGUCAAAAGAGGUACUUGCUAGUCCUCGAUGAUGUUUGGAAUCAAAAUCCUCAACAAUGGGAUCACGUGAGAACUUUAUUAAUGGUUGGUGCUAUAGGUAGUAAACUUGUAGUAACCACCAGAAAACCUAGAGUUGCAUCACUCAUGGGAGAUAAUUUUCCAAUUAAUUUGAAAGGUCUUGAUGAAAACGAUUCUUGGAGGUUGUUUUCAAAAAUCGCAUUUAAAGAUGGAGAGGAGGAUGUGCAUACAAACAUCACCCAAAUUGGAAAAGAAAUUGCAAAAAUGUGUAAGGGAGUUCCUCUCAUUAUUAAGUCUUUAGCAAUGAUAUUGCGGUCUAAAAGAGAACCGGGGCAGUGGUUGUCUAUUAGAAACAAUAAAAAUUUGCUGUCACUCGGAGAUGAAAAUGAGAAUGUUGUAGGGGUGCUGAAAUUAAGUUAUGAUAAUUUGCCAACUCAUUUGAGACAAUGUUUUACAUAUUGUGCUCUAUUUCCAAAAGACUAUGAGAUUGAGAAAAAGUUGGUGGUACAACUAUGGAUAGCACAAGGUUAUAUUCAAUCUUCAAAUGAUAAUAAUGAGCAAUUAGAGGAUAUAGGGGAUCAAUAUUUUGAGGAAUUAUUGUCAAGGUCAUUGUUGGAAGAGGUUGAAGAUGAUUUUAAUGAUACAUUAAGUUGUAAAAUGCAUGACCUUAUACAUGAUCUUGCACAAUCAAUUGUAGGAUCUGAUAUCCUUGUUUUAAGAAGUGAUGUAAAUAACAUUCCAGAAGAAGCUCGUCAUGUAUCAUUGUUUGAAGAGAGAAAUCCUAUGAUAAAGGCUCUAAAGGGAAAAUCCAUAAGAACCUUUCUUUGUAAAUAUUCUUAUAAAAAUAGUACAAUUGUAAAUUCAUUUUUUCCGAGUUUUAUGUGUCUACGUGCAUUGAGUUUUAGUGGUAUGGGUGUAGAGAAGGUGCCAAAGUGUUUGGGCAGAUUGAGUCAUUUAAGGUAUCUUGAUCUUUCCUACAAUGAUUUUAAGAUACUUCCAAAUGCUAUUACAGGGUUAAAGAAUUUGCAAACACUAAAACUCACAAGAUGUUGGAGUUUAAAAAGAAUUCCAGACAACAUAGAAGAAUUGAUCAAUCUUAGGCACUUGGAGAAUAAUGGAUGUUUUGACUGGACUCAUAUGCCACAUGGAAUCGGCAAGUUGACUUUACUUCAAAGUCUACCAUUGUUUGUGGUUGGGAAUGAUAUAGGGCGGUUAAGGAAUCACAAAAUUGGUAGCUUGAGUGAAUUGAAAGGCCUUAACCAACUAAGAGGAGGGUUAUGCAUAAGUAAUCUUCAAAACGUGAGGGAUGUUGAACUGGUAUCCAGGGGGGAAAUUUUGAAAGGAAAACAAUAUCUUCAGUCCUUGAGAUUGGAAUGGAAACGGUUGGGCCAAGGUGGGGGGGAUGAGGGUGAUAAGUCAGUGAUGGAAGGCCUUCAACCACACCAACACCUAAAGGAUAUCUUUAUAGAAGGUUAUGGAGGUACGGAGUUUCCAAGUUGGAUGAUGAAUGAUGGGUUGGGUUCCCUGCUUCCCUACCUAAUUAAAAUUGAAAUUUCGAGAUGUUCAAGAUGCAAAAUUCUGCCACCCUUUUCUCAACUCCCUUCUCUCAAGUCUUUGAAGCUUGAUGAUAUGAAAGAAGCGGUGGAGUUAAAGGAGGGUUCAUUAACAACGCCACUCUUCCCAUCUCUUGAAUCGCUCGAACUCUCUGACAUGCCAAAGUUGAAGGAAUUGUGGAGGAUGGACUUACUAGCAGAGGAAGGUCCUUCAUUUUCUCAUCUUUCUCAAUUAGAGAUCAGAAAUUGUCAUAACUUGGCAUCCUUGGAACUGCAUUCAUCUCCUUGUCUUUCUCAAUUAGAGAUCAUCGAUUGCCCUAGCUUCUUAUCCUUGGAACUGCAUUCAUCUCCUUGUCUUUCUCAAUUAAAGAUCAGCUAUUGCCAUAACUUGGCAUCCUUGGAACUGCAUUCAUCUCCUUAUCUUUCUCAAUUAGAGGUCAGAUAUUGCCAUAACUUGGCAUCCUUGGAACUGCAUUCAUCUCCUUGUCUUUCAAAAUUAGAGAUCGGAAAUUGCCAUGACUUGGCAUCCUUGGAACUGCAUUCAUCUCCUUGUCUUUCAAAAUUAGAGAUCAUAUAUUGCCAUAACUUGGCAUCCUUGGAACUGCAUUCGUCUCCUUCUCUUUCUCAAUUACAUAUCGGAAGUUGCCCUAACUUGGCAUCCUUCAAAGUGGCUCUUUUACACUCUCUUGAGACACUAUCUCUGUUCACAGUUAGAUAUGGUGUGAUAUGGCAGAUAAUGUCUGUCUCUGCUUCGUUGAAGUCUCUGUAUAUUGAAAGCAUAGAUGAUAUGAUAUCUCUCCCGAAGGAGCUACUUCAACAUGUUUCUGGCUUGGUAACGUUACAGAUCCGUAAGUGCCAUAACUUGGCAUCCUUGGAACUGCAUUCAUCUCCUUGUCUUUCAAAAUUAGAGAUCAUAUAUUGCCAUAACUUGGCAUCCUUCAAUGUGGCUUCAUUACCUCGUCUUGAGGAACUAAGCCUGCGUGGAGUCAGAGCAGAGGUACUGAGGCAGUUCAUGUUUGUCUCUGCUUCUUCUUCAUUGGAGUCUCUGAGUAUAUGCGAGAUUGAUGGUAUGAUAUCUCUCCCAGAGGAGCCGCUUCAAUAUGUUUCCACUCUCGAAACUCUCUACAUUGUUAAGUGCUCUGGUUUGGCAACAUUACUACACUGGAUGGGCAGCCUUUCCUCGCUUACGGAACUUAUUAUUUAUGACUGCUCUGAAUUGACAUCACUGCCAGAAGAGAUCUAUUCCCUUAAAAAACUGCAGACAUUUUAUUUCUGUGAUUAUCCACACCUAGAGGAAAGAUACAACAAGGAAACAGGUAAAGACCGGGCCAAGAUUGCUCAUAUCCCACAUGUUCGUUUCAACAGUGAUUUGGAUAUGUAUCGGAAGAUUGGUAUAUUUGCUGAUGCUGUGCACUAAACUAAUCAUUUUACUUGGAGUUGUACAUUCUAAGAGUUUGAGGAAAUACUGAGGUCUGGUAUGAUAACUCUCAAUCCUUGGAACUGCAUUCAUCUCCUUCUCUUUCUCGAUUAACGAUCCAUGAUUGCCCAAACUUGGCAUCCUUCAAUGUGGCAUCAUUACCUCGUCUUGAGGAACUAAGCCUGCGUGGAGUCAGAGCAGAGGUACUGAGACAGUUCAUGUUUGUCUCUGCUUCUUCUUCAUUGAAGUCUCUGCGUAUACGGGAGAUUGAUGGUAUGAUAUCUCUCCCAGAGCAGCCGCUUCAAUAUGUUUCCACUCUCGAAACUCUCCACAUUGUUAAGUGCUCUGGUUUGGCAACAUCACUACACUGGAUGGGCAGCCUUUCCUCGCUCACGGAACUUAUUAUUUAUGACUGCUCUGAAUUGACAUCACUGCCAGAAGAGAUCUAUUCCCUUAAAAAACUGCAGACAUUUUAUUUCUGUCAUUAUCCACACCUAGAGGAAAGAUACAACAAGGAAACAGGUAAAGACCGGGCCAAGAUUGCUCAUAUCCCACAUGUUAGUUUCAACAGUGAUGCCUAUUUGCAAUGGAGAUGAUAUGAUCCAAACUCAAAUUGAACACUGCUCUUAUUUUGCAACAUUACUGCAUUGGAAAGGCAACUUAAACUCACUUAUAGACCUACCUAUUGGUGACUGCAUUGAAUUGACAUCACCUUGGAAGAGAUGUGUUCCACAUGGAAAAUCUUUCAUUAUAUGCACCUACUUGCAAGAUACCAAAAGGAAACAGGUGAAUACUUGCCCAAGAAUACAGAGGGCCACACUUGGUGAAGGUUUCAUCAGUAAGGAGAACCAUUUCAAAGUUUGUAGAAGAGAAGAAAGAUUUGAUCCAAGAUAUUCCUAAAGAUCGGAAACUUUCAGAGCCACCCAAGAUCCCACAGCCUACCUUAAUAAUUUGGGGAGACCAAGAUAAGGUAUUCCUAGUAGAACUAGCUCACAAAUUGAAAAGGCAUUUCAGGCGAGGAGGCCCAACUUGUGAUCAUAGAGCAUACUUUUAUCAUAGAAAAGCCCAAGGAAAUAUUUAAGCACUUGAAAUCCUUUCUCAUUGAUUUGCUUUCACCUCCUAAGCAACACCUAGAACCACUCCCACCAUGACGAAGUUAAAAGAACUUGGAAUUCAUGGCUACCUUGAAUUGACAUCCCUGUCAAAAGAUAUGUUCCCUCAAAAGCCUGCAAACACUAAACAAUUUGCAUUUGUUCACACUUAGAGGAAAGCUGCUGAAAGGAAAAGUGAAGACUAAGCAAAGAUUGCUCAUAUCCCACAAAUUGAUAUCAUACAUCCAUGAAGAUUGAACUGAUACAAAAUGCCUUUCAGUCUCUAUCUAUUGGAUGCACAGAUGAUAUGAUCCAAACUCAAAUUGAACACUACUCUUGUUUUGCAACAUUACUGCACUCGAAAGGCAACUUCAACUCACUUAUAGACCUUCCUAUUGGUGAUUGCACUGAAUCGACAUCACUUUGGAAGAGAUGUGUUCCACACAUAAAAUCUUUCAUUAUAUGCACCUACUCGCAAGAUACUAAAGGGAAACAUGUGAAUACUUGCCCAAGAAUACAAAGGCCAUACUUGGUGAAGGUUCCGUCAAUAAGGAGAACCAUUUCAAGUAUGGAAUUCUCAUUUCUUCUCAUUUUCUUAUGGCUUCAUUUUUAUUCAAUAUCUAUAUGAAAUUAUUUAUGUUCAUUUUCUUUA